AUGAAUAGAAGUGACUUCUCGCGACCCUCAUCGCAGCGACUACCACCUGAUCUAACAGAUAGUCAACGGGCCGAUAUUGCCGAGGCCUUCCGCAUUCUCGAUGUGGACGGCACUGAGACGAUCACACCUAAUGAUCUCAAAGUAGCUCUUCGCGCCUUGGGUUAUGAACCGCAGAAGGAUGUUAUUAAGAAACUUGUGGCUGAGAUGGACAAGAGCGGUGUCUCUAGCAAUCUCAUUCUUCCUGAGUUUGAGGCUAUCAUGAAGGGAAAGUUCUUCGCUGAAGAUAGUGAAGAGGUGGCUUUGGCAUUUUCACACUUUACGAAAGGGAAAUCAGACUAUAUAACGCUUGAUGAUCUUAAGCGUGUUGCCCAAGAAAUUGGUGAGGAUAUGCCAGAAGAUAUUUUGCAGGCGAUGAUAGAAGAAGCUGAUGUGCUUGAUCAUGAUAAACGUGUCUCAAAGGAGGAAUUUCUUCGGAUGUUAAUACAACCCAAGGAGAAAUAA